CAUAUCUUUACGAAGAGUUUUGUGACGAAAGUGUUGUUCAACGACGAGAAGCGGGCGGUUGGGGUCGAGUUUGUGAGGUAUGGCCGCAAACACGUGGUUUGGGUGCGCAAAGAAGUCAUACUAUCGGCCGGUACUGUAAUGUCGCCCAAAGUGCUUAUGCUGUCAGGCAUUGGACAUAAAGAUCACUUGGAGAGUAUGGGCAUCAAAGUGGUGGCCGACCUCCCAGUAGGUGACAAUCUGAUGGACCACGUGGCCAGUAGUGUGGUCUUCACACUCAACGAUACCGUGUCCUACGACAUGAUGCGAGAGAUCAGUCCCUGGCAUUUGCUCCAGUAUUAUGUGAACAAAAACAACAGCCUUUCCAACACUAUAUUAGAGACGAUGGCUUUCGUGAAGACUAAAUACGCCGAUCAAAGUGACGACUGGCCAGACAUACAGUUUCAUGUGCUCCCGGGGUCGACAUCAAGCGACUACGGCGCACGGAUUAGGAAAGUACAGGGGCUGACCGACGAGUUAUACAGUGCUUUCAAACCAUAUACAGGUUUGCCUGCAUUCACAAUACUACCGACGCUAUUGAGACCCCUGUCCCGAGGAUUCAUACGCCUACGAUCGGCCAACCCAUUCAAACACCCAGUGAUUGAUCCCAAGUUCUUCAGCGACGAACGAGACCUGGAUGUGCUCGUUGAGGGCAUGAAGUUGGCGCUGGCUGUCGCCCAGACACCACCCCUACAAAAAUAUAAAGCCACUCCCAUUCAGACGCCGUACCCCCAAUGCAAGACCCAUACACUCUACUCUGACGCCUACCUGCGCUGUAUGGUCCAGACGUACACCUCGAUUAUCUACCACCCAAUGGGCACCUGUCGUAUGGGCCCCGCCGACGACCAGAACAGUGUGGUCGACCUUCAGCUCCGGGUGAUUGGCGUGAGGGGUAUUCGUGUGGUGGACGGGUCCGUGAUACCA